AUGUCACGUGAAGUGCUACCAGCCAAUGUUACCCCAUCGCAUUAUGACAUUGCAUUGGAGCCUGAUCUCGAAACCUUCAAAUUUGAAGGGUCUGCCAAGAUUGAUUUACAGAUCAACGAUCAUUCCGUAGACUCUGUUACGUUGAAUUAUUUGGAAAUAGAUUUCCAUUCUGCUUUUCUUGAAAGUGUCUGCGCCAUUGAUGUUAAGAAAGAUGAAAGCCAGCAGACAGUGACUUUUGUCUUCCCUAAUGGAACUUUGAAAAAUUUGGGAGAUUCUGCAAAGUUGGAGAUUAAGUUCACUGGUACCUUGAACGACAAAAUGGCUGGGUUCUAUAGAGCCAGGUAUACGGAUAAAGCCACUGGCGAGACUAAAUACAUGGCCACUACUCAAAUGGAAGCCACCGAUGCUAGAAGGGCCUUCCCCUGUUUCGAUGAACCAAACUUGAAGGCUAGUUUCGAUAUCACUUUGAUUUCUGAAUCUUCUCUGACUCAUUUGUCUAACAUGGAUGUUAAGACGGAAAUAACCGAGAAAGGUAAAAAAAUCACGACCUUCAACACUACUCCAAAGAUGUCUACGUAUUUGGUGGCGUUUAUUGUGGCUGACUUAAAAUACGUUGAAAACAGCAGUUUGCGUAUCCCAGUCCGAGUUUAUUCCACCCCAGGUGACGAAAAACUUGGUCAAUUCGCUGUUGAUUUGGCUGCGAGAACUUUGAAGUUUUUUGAGAAUACCUUUGACAUAGAGUACCCCUUACCAAAGAUGGAUAUGGUGGCGGUUCACGAGUUUUCAGCGGGUGCUAUGGAAAACUGGGGACUGGUCACUUACAGAGUCAUUGACCUGUUACUGGAUAUGGAAAACUCGAGUUUGGAUCGUAUCCAAAGAGUUGCUGAAGUAAUUCAGCAUGAACUGGCCCACCAAUGGUUCGGCAACCUAGUCACUAUGGACUGGUGGGAAGGUUUAUGGUUGAACGAAGGGUUCGCCACUUGGAUGUCUUGGUACUCUUGCAACGAGUUUCAACCGGAAUGGAAAGUUUGGGAACAAUACGUAACCGACAACUUACAACGUGCUUUGAACUUAGAUUCCUUAAGAUCUUCUCACCCAAUUGAAGUCCCCGUUAAGAAUGCAGAUGAAAUCAACCAGAUUUUCGAUGCCAUUUCUUAUUCUAAAGGUUCCUCAUUAUUAAGAAUGAUCUCUAAAUGGCUAGGCGAGGAAAUUUUCAUUAAAGGUGUGUCCAAGUACUUGAACAGAUUUAAAUACGGCAAUGCUAAGACAGAGGAUCUAUGGGAUGCCCUGUCAGAAACUUCUGGCAAAGACGUUCGUUCGGUGAUGAACGUUUGGACUAAAAGUAUCGGUUUUCCAGUUCUAUCCGUAAAGGAGGAAAAUGGCAAAAUUACUUUGACUCAAAACCGUUAUCUAAGUACUGGUGACGUUAAGGACGAAGAAGACACCACAAUUUACCCAGUUUUUUUAGCUUUGAAAGAUAGGACGGGUAUUGACAAUUCAUUGGUACUAAACAAAAGAUCUGCUACUUUUGAAAUACAAAACCAAGACUUCUUCAAGCUCAAUGGUGACCAAUCUGGUAUUUUUAUCACUUCUUACUCUGACGAAAGGUGGACCACAUUAUCUACACAAGCUGAUUUUCUAUCCGUCGAAGACCGUGUUGGCUUAGUCGCUGAUGCAAAGGCCCUUUCCGCAUCUGGUUACACUUCCACUACAAACUUCUUGAACUUGGUUUCUAAUUGGAAAGAUGAGAACUCAUUCGUUGUUUGGGAACAAAUCAUUAACAGUUUAUCUGCUUUGAAAUCUACUUGGGUCUUCGAACCUGAAAACGUCUUGAAUGCUCUUGAUAAAUUUACUUUAAAGUUGGUGUCCAAAAAGCUCUCUGAGCUGGGAUGGAAUAUUAGCGAAGAUGACACCUUUGCCUCACAACGUCUAAAAGUCACUCUGUUCAAUGCUGCGUGCGCAUCUGGUGACAAAAAAAUGCAAAAUAUUGCAGUGGAAAUGUUUGAAAAAUACAACAAUGGGGACAAAAAAGCCAUUCUUGCGUUGAUCAAGCCAGCUGUUUUCAACACCAUUGCCAGAAUUGGUGAAGAUGCUAACUACGAAAAAAUUCUUCACAUCUACCAAAACCCUAUUUCUUCAGAUGAAAAAAUUGUUGCGUUGAGAGCCUUGGGUAGAUUUGAGAACAGUAAGUUCUUAGAAAGAACCUUGGGUUACUUGUUGGAUGGUACUGUUUUGAACCAGGACUUCUACAUACCAAUGCAAGGUAUCAGAGCUCAUAAGAAGGGUAUCGAAAGAUUAUGGACUUGGCUACAAGAAAAUUGGGACGAAAUUGUCAAGAGAUUGCAGCCAGGUUCACCUGUCUUGGGUGGUGUAUUGACGUUGGGGUUGACCAACUUCACCUCCGUUGAAGAUCUUGAAAAAAUCAGUAAAUUCUACAGCGAAAAGCCAACUAAAGGCUUCGACCAAACGUUGGCCCAAGCUUUCGACACCAUUAGAGCUAGGGCACAAUGGGUUAGCAGAGAUCGCGAAGUGGUUGCUGCUUACUUGAAUGAACACGAAUACGAACAAUAG